AUGGCUACGCCUGCCAACCUCCAUCCGGGGCUCAAUGAAAUCUCAGACGCACUGGAAGAGUUGCCCAUCGAGGUAUCACGCUACAUGACGCUUCUGCGCGAAAUCGACGCCAAGUGCGUGCACACCGUCCCGGAACUCAACGCAAACAUCGACGGAUUUCUCAAACGCCAAGACGGCAAUGACCCGCUCGCUGCCAUCAACGGGCUGUUCCAGGAUCUCAUGCCCUCUCUCGAGGAAAAAAUGCACGUGUCUGCGAUCGCGUACGAGGCGCUGCAGCGGCUCACGCAGCGUCUGGAGCUCGCGUACGAGGUCGCCAUCAAAAACGGCGAGAUCCCUGCCAAGCUGCGUCUCGGUGUGGACAACCACCCGGCCAUGCACCUCCACCACGAGCUCAUGGCCAAGAUCGACUCCAAGGCCAACAGCAAGUCCUCGCAGGCCCUGCGCAGCGAGUCCCGCCGCGAGGCCAUGGCCGCCAAACGUCACACCGCGGCCGUUGCCGCGCCGGUCCACCAUAAUUCGCCAGCCACAACCAACGCCCAGGCCCCCUCCGACGGCCGCAAGCGCAGGGCCCACACGGUCGCCACCGCCGCCGCUUCUGCUUCUCUCGCAGCGUCCUCUGCCCAUGGCUCGUCCACUGCUGCCGUAGCGGGCUCCGCCGUAGUGGCCCAGGCCGCUGACACGCCCGACGCCAAGAAACGCAAGCGUAAGCUCUCCCCCAAGGACGCGGACCCGCACGCCCCACGCACCAACGAGUAUGGCGAGGCACUCUACUGCUACUGUAACCAGGUCGCAUACGGCGAGAUGGUCGGCUGUGAUGGCGACAAUUGCACCCUAGAGUGGUUCCAUCUACCCUGUAUUGGGCUAGAAACCUUGCCAAAGGGCAAAUGGUACUGUGACGACUGUCGAAAGAUGCUAUAA